UCUACAGAACCCUGCAAGUUUCCAGACCGCUGCCCAGGAACUGCUGGACUGGUGUGAUGAUCCACGUGCAUUCCAACGAGCCUUUGAGCAGAGUCUGAUGGGAUGUUUAUCGGUUGUGAGUCAUGUGUCGACACAGCAAGGCUAUGAUGUGGAGCUGGGAUACCGGCUGCUGGCGGUUUGCACCGGCCACAGGGAGCGUUUCAGCCCUAAGUGUGCAGCAUUGCUCACCUCGUGGAGCGAGGACCUGCGUAGACUUCUCCUCCUCCACCACCAGGGUAGCCGCUCCAACAACUCGGCCGUUAAGCAGCCCGGCCCGCCCUCCAUGAACUCCAUGAAGCCUUCGCUCCCGCCCACACCGCACAGUGAUGGCUCAUUCACAUACAAUGAUUCUGUUCCUUGGCAACAGAGCUCCACUCAGCCUCCAGCCUCGCUCUCUGUGGUAACGACAGUAUGGGGAGUCAAUAACACCUCCCAGAGUCAGGUCCUAGGGUCUCCUAUGCCUCAGGGCGGGAACUCCAGCGGGAAUCACAUGACGUCCGGGAUACCCGGGAACGGUCCGGGAAUGAACUCCCCGCCGUACAUGGGACAGCAGGCGUUCCCAGCCACAGAGACGGCCUCGAGCAAAGCAUACAUGCAGCAAAGUAUGUAUGGACGACCAAACUACCCGGCAGGAGCAGCGUAUGGAGGAAGUUACUCCACUGGCCCAAAUAGUUCGGGUGGGAUGGGAAUCCCAUCGCAUUCCCGACCUCCCACGCACUUCACGCAGCCCGCUGCUGCUGCUGCUGCUGCCGCUGUUGCUGCUGCUGCAGCCACUGCUACAGCCACUGCUACCGCCACUGUGGCUGCUCUGCAGGAGAAGCAGAACCAGGAGAUGAGCCAGUAUGGACCGCUAAGUGCAGCGCAGUCUUAUAAUAACCAAUACCUGAAUCACUCCGGCCCCCGCGGCUCACCGCAGAUGUCCACAGGGAUGACCGCAGGAGGCAUGGCUGGAACGAUGGGCCCGUCGAGUAUCCCACACAUGUCCAUGAGCCACUCCAGAUCUCCUGGUAUCAAUCCCAUGUUCUGUGCCCAAAGCCAGCGCAUUCCCCAGCCUGGGUACGGAGCUUCCAGAAGCGCACAGCAGAUGCCUGGGCAAGGAGUCAAGAGGCCAUACAUCAGUGAGCAAAGCUACCCUGGUCAACAGUACGUGGCGAGCAGUCAGUACCCCAGCCAGCCCAGCCAGUACCCACCCUCCAACCCCCAGCGGUCCAUCCCAUCCCCCAACUACCCAGCACACAGGAUGUCAAGUCAGCAAAGCAGCGGGCAGUACCCAGUGCCUCCAGCAGCGAUGAGCCAGUACUACAAGCCAUCUGAGAAAUAUAACGGGCAGAGUAACAGCUUCAUGUGUGGCAGCUACAGCCCGGCCAACAUUACUGGGCCUUCAAGAUCUAUGCCUGGUUACCCCAGCUCCCCCAUCUCGGGCAACCCAACCCCGCCCAUGACUCCGGGAAACAGCAUUCCUCCUUACAUGUCACCAACCCAGGAUGUCAAAUCACCCUUUCUCCCCGACAUCAAGCCUAACCUGAACAGUCUCCCACCUCCCCCAGCAUCAAACCCGGUAGAUGAGCUACGGCUGACGUUCCCGGUGCGUGACGGUGUGGUGCUGGAACCCUUCCGCCUGGAACACAAUCUAGCUGUCAGCAACCACGUCUUCCACCUCCGCCACUCUGUGCACCAGACGCUGAUGUGGAGGCCUGACCUGGAGCUUCAGUUCAAGUGUUACCACCAUGAGGACCGACAGAUGAACACUAACUGGCCAGCCUCGGUCCAGGUCAGCGUGAACGCCACUCCUCUCUGCAUUGAACGAGGUGACAAUAAAAGCUCCCACAAGCCGCUGUACCUGAAGCACGUGUGUCAGCCUGGGAGGAACACAAUCCAAAUCACUGUUACCGCCUGCUGUUGUUCACAUCUAUUUGUGCUACAGUUGGUUCACAGGCCAUCAGUGCGGUCAGUAUUACAAGGCCUCCUGAAGAAGAGACUACUGCCUGCAGAGCAUUGUAUAACUAAAAUUAAACGGAAUUUCAACAGUGGUGUGGUGUCUUCCGGUAACCCAGGACUGAACGGGGAGGAUGGUGUGGAACAGACAGCAAUUAAAGUCUCAUUAAAAUGUCCGAUUACGUUCAGACGGAUCCAACUCCCAGCUCGAGGUCACGACUGCAAACACAUACAGUGCUUUGACCUCGAGUCCUACCUACAGUUGAACUGUGAACGUGGAACAUGGCGAUGCCCGGUCUGCAAUAAAGCUGCCCUGCUAGAGGGGCUGGAAGUCGACCAGUAUAUGUGGGGCAUCUUGGCUGCCAUUCAAAACACGGAGUUUGAGGAGGUUACCAUCGACCCUACGUGCAGCUGGAGGCCGGUACCAGUCAAGUCGGACAUCCACAUAAAGGAUGACCCUGAUGGCCCCGUGGCCAAAAGGUGCAAGACCAUGAGUCCCAGUCAGAUGAUCAUGCCCAAUGUGGUGGACAUGAUUGCAGCCCUUGGUCCAGGAACAUCUUAUCCCUCGCUGCCACCGGGGGGCAACAGUAACAACGACUACACUCACCAGAAUUCGGUUUAUUCUGGGCAGGGGAACUUUCCCGAUUUUCCCCAUGGCAAUUCUACCAACACUCCUAUUAACGAGUUUAUGCAUGGGCCACCCGUCACCUAUCCAUCAGACAUCCCUAAUAUGACUCCCGACAAACCCCUUGGACACUCCAUGUCAGAUCAGAUUCCGCAUUCUGCUACAAUAGACCCAUCCCACCCUUCUAUGCAGCAAGGAGUCCAUGUAGCCCACCUUGGUAACCAGUCAGGGCAGCUACUGCACCACAGAAGCCUGGCCCAGCACUCACGGCAACUCCAGCAAACCGGCUCCAAUCUCCACUCCCACAGUGAAUUAACCUUCAAUCCAUCCUCAGUGAUGGAAGGUCAACCAGGAGGUCAGGGAGCAGCUGAUGUUCCAGAGCCUUCUCUGGAACUUCUUCCAGAGAUUACAAACCCAGAUGAGCUGCUUUCCUAUCUAGGACCACCAGACAUGCCAAACAACAGCAACGAUGACCUUCUCUCCUUAUUUGAGAACAACUAAAACUCUUCCCUUUUGUCCACCAUAUUAACUCUAGCUUCAUCGUCUAUGAAGCUCAAUUGAGACUCCACACUGCCUUGCACUGUUGACAGUGAAAACCUAUUGACAGAUAUCUCUGUGUUCAGUACUGGUAGGAGAUCCUGCAAACCCCAUUGUAAAAUGCCAUCACAUUUUAGAAUGAUAGAACACAGAACAGAUUUGAAAUGUUGACAAACUAGAAGAAUCCAGCUAAUACGAAAAUCUAAUUUCUACCAAUAGUUGUCAAAGAAUCGGCGGAAUAAUUUUUUGCCACAAAUCUUGUCCGGAUUUCAAGGCAUUUGAAGGCAAAAGGAAGGGAAGACUUCAAUGCAGCAAUUAGCCUUGGAGCCACUAAUUGCGGUUUUGUUAUUCAGUUCAGCAAUCUUGUGGAUUAUUCUCCACGUUCACUAUUGAUGCAAGGACCGUGACUUCCUCGGGACUUAAUGCCUCGCUCCAUGAGGAAGUUGGAAAAACAACAGAAUUUGCGAGCUCCCCUUUUUUCAAGUACAAUGACUUUCAAGGAUACCCAGACAUCAGAGAUGAUGGAGACACACUAACUACAUCCACAAAAAUCACUGAAGAAAAUGCAAAAAAAAAAAAUCAAAAAAAAAAAAAUCAUGCUCGAGUACAAAACAAAAAAAGCACAAAUGAUUCUUAGAGACCAAGAUUACUUCCAUAACCUUUCAGGGUGGGUGAAGGGUGAAGAAAAGGGGAAUGGAAAAUGUACAUUCCUUUUAGUCCUGUUUGGCUACAGCUGUUCAGGAUAUCUGUCGAUUAUUUAAAAUGGUUGAGAUAAGUAAAUUAAAAUUGUUUAGGUUUCAUUUUAAGUUUAUUGAAAUAAUCCCCUUUAUUAGAAUUAUAUAGGGUUGUAUUGAAAUUUAUAAGAUAAUAAAGCUCAUUAUUUCAUUUCUUUAGCUUUUUAUUUUUAAACAGUUGUUUCCUGUUAAAUUGACUUUAAAUGUCGUAAAUUAUUCUAUUCACAAAGUCUUGCUUCUACACCAGUCCAACAUAGUGAUGUCACUCAUCUGGAAUAUGAAAUAGGAUUAGAAAUCGAUGAAGUCACAAUAAAGUCUUGAAUGCUGAACAUGCAGAAAGUGAUUUGGAGAAAGAUAGCUUUGGGUGGAACUCUUUCAUCAGCUCACAAAAUCAAGAGAAGCAGGGAAAUACUGGCAUAUCUGUGCCAGUUUUCACUAAGAUGAUCCUAAUUAAUUCUAUAGACAGAAAGGUGUUGCAAAUGUCAAAGGUUGCAACAGCGAAAGCAGUAGCACAAGUGGUAGAAUGUUAGGACAGUUGGAUGGGAUAGGAGGACAUCAAAGAUGCAUAAACAUCAGAUUUAGUGUACAGCAAUGGCCCUUUGGCCCACCUCGUCCAUGCCAACCAAACUGGCAUAUUGUACCAGUCCCACUUGCUUGCAUUUUACCCAUUAGCCCUCUAAACCCACCCUAUCUAUGCUGUUCACAUGCAAUGUGGAAAAUAAGACCCAAUCCACGAAAAGAUACAAUAAAACUUUAUUCAUCCCCAGAGGGAAACUGGUCUAAAACGAGAGGAAAGUUUUAAACAAGGAAAAGUGAUCUAUAGGUCCCAAGUUUAGUUUUUUAAUCAACUACACACCAACUCGUAUAUUAAUUGUGUCUUAAAACAUAGGAAGCCAUUCAACCUGUCAAGCUGAUACUGGCUCUCUGAGCAAUCACAACAUGCCAAUUAUCCUUCUAGCCUUUUAACAAUGCCAUAGGGUUACACAGAAUAACUAAUUUAUAAUAUUUUAUCUUCUAGUUUCUGCCUUUGCAUGUUGUUUGUGUUAUAAUGUGGAAAGAUGUAAUAAUCUGUAUCUGAUGAGCUGGUUACAUCAUAUAUUUGAACAUUAGAGUACAGUAGCAAUAUCUUGUGCGUUUUAAUUAAAAUGAAAGUAGAGAUCUACACCAAGACCAAGCAAAUCUUCUUCAAUAAGAUGCUAGAUUUCUGGAUCAGCAGCUGUAGGUUUUAAUAUCUCAAGAUAAUAGAAAGAUAGGGGAAAAUAGGCAAGCCUUUCCAGUCAUUGGACUAAAUCUAUCCACUAAUUCUAUAUACCUCAAACCGCGCCUUACAAAACUUUGAUUUUGUAGUUUUAACAUUUUCAAUGAGCAAUCAAUUUCAAUACUUAUUAGAUAUUUACAGAUUUGCAGUACCCUAGAGUUAAUUAUACAGCGCGGAAACAGUCUCUUCAGUCCAAUUAAUCCAUGCCGAACACGUUGUCCAUCUAAGCUAGUCCCAUUUGUCAUUCCUUAGCCCAUAUCCCUCUAAAUCCAUGUACCUGUCUAAAUGUAUUUAAAAUAUUCCACCCACCUCUACAACUUGCUGUGGAAGCUUGUUCCAUAUAUCCACCACCCUCUGCAAAUUCCAAAAUGCAAUUUGGCUGUUUACUUCUAUUAUCUUUCCUUAGAUCAAUGUCUAUUUUGAAAUGUUCUGGGUUUAAACAAAAAUCAUACACAGUAAGUACCUGGACAGCUGAGUCUUCCCUUCAAAAAUUAUUCACAUAUCUCUACUUUCUAGUCUUCCAAAACAUGUAUAUUCUUAAAGCAACCUUAAAAUGUAAAUAUAUGUACCAAGUCAGGUCUUCCACUUUGUCCUUCCUAGGACUAUGGCCUGCCACUUUUCUCAUUAUGUAGGCUUGACCCAGCUUGCUUUCAACAUGUUUCAGCUCUCAUAGCUUGGAUUCACUAUGCCAUUAAUGGAAUGUUAAUAAAGCCUAUUAAUGCACAUCCCAGUUUAACAUUGGAAGUCUUCCCUUGUGGUACAUUUCUAUUUAUUUUUAAUCUGAAUUCACUAUAGUGCAUGUCUCCUUUAAACAUUCACACCUCAGAGUGCGACUUUGCUAUUUAUUUUACAGCUAACAGCAGUCAGCUAUCCGUUAUCUCCACAAUCUGUUAACAUUUAUCACUGUAAUUUCUUCACUAUACAUCUGUAGUUUAUUUUUAUUGGAAGAAAUAUGCCACAAUAAUUCUUGUACAAGAAAUACUUGUGCUGAACCUGGUUUCCAGCGUGUGGCUGGCUGUAGAACAUACACCAAAUGCUGUGUGCAGAUAAAAUCCUUUGGUAUUUUCAGUAAAACAAUACUUUAUAAGAAAAUAACUUUACAAGUGCCAGUAAAACUUCUGAUUUUGGGAAAAUUAUUUUUUAUAUACCUAAAUGAUCCUCUUAUUAUUCUGCUCAAGUUAAGUUUGGAGUGCUUUAGAAUGUUACCAUCAGAUUAUCUAUGGAAAAUACAAGCAAAUUCUGUUUUUAAACACCAAAACAAUUGUCUGAUUUGCAUGCUCCUGCUUAAUACUGUAUAUAAUAUUCUGUGGUGGUCUCUGUUAAUGUGUAUUGUUGCCGUUAAAUACAUGCUUAAAACUCUUUAGCACCAAUAGAAAAGCUUAGUUGAGCCACAUGUUUGCAGAUUUAUCUCAAACUCUGCUUCCAGUCCAACAUAUAUCACAGUUUCUUAAACAUUUUCUUUCUCCAAUAUGUAAACUUCAACCAAGGCAUAGUCUCCAGCUACCAACUAUCUACAAGUGACCUCUUGAAUACACAAAACCCCACUGAGAGUUCUCUAUUGGGCUUAAAUACCAAACCCCUCUCAAAACGACUUUAUGCAAUUUUUACAAGCUAAUUAUAGACGUGUUUUAUUGGUGAGGACAUUAAAUGGUAAUUAACAAAUUAUUUUAGUACAUUAAUUUCUUCCCUCCCUUGCCUAGAACCCCCAAAACAUCACCGAUACAUGUUCUCCAGAGAUGCUGCCUGACCUGCUGAGUUACCUUUUUUUCAUAAACCAGCAUCUGCAGUUCAUUUUCUCUGAAUUCUUUAGCAAUUGUCAUACCCGAAUUUUCUCCCCAAGUAAAAUUGACUAACAUGAUGCUGAAGAGAAUUCCAGAUACACUGCUUAACAUGCUAAUUACCUAUCCCUGUUUACAUUUAUAUUGGAAGUUGUCCCUUGUGGUACAUUUCUAUUUAUUUUUAAUCUGAAUUCACUAUAUGCAUGCUCAACAUGAGACUCUUUGGAGUCUCCUUUAAACAUUCCCACCUCCUAACAAAGGUCCAGCUUUGCUGAUCUGGAAUGGAGGACAAGUAUCUUUGCUUUCAGAAUAAAGGUGGAACAUUUCUAGCCUAUGGCACCAUGCAAAAAUAAGUGACAUUUAGUCUGGAUGUUCUGUAUUGCUUA